AUGACCGAAUUGCGAAAUCUUCCUGGGGGUGUCGCUGCCGCAGUCACCGUACACCACCGGCGGUUAUCGAUCGCUCAGAUCACCGAAACGGAGCGGCGUAAGUGCCGUAGACGAACUCGUGGGCGAAAACCAGGACAGCGAAACUGGAAAGUGAAUCGUUGGCAGCGAACGAACAAGCGGGAUGAAAGCGAGGCGAGACGGCCAGCAGGCCGUCCAGCUCUGCCGCAGCCGCCGCCGCCGCCGCUGCCGGUUCCAGCGAUCAUCUGGGUGCCCCGAUCACGCAGCCGCCGAACAAUGCCGUAA